GACCGGUUAGACCCGCCAGCAGUUUGUCAUGCGCAGGACAUCAGCCAUGUAAGCGUCGCGGAGGCUGACAACCAAAGAGGCCAACUUCAGACAGACCUUGAACAACAAGGUGGGAGUGAAAGUAGCCGUACACCUUGGGCCAGAAGGGCCAUUGUAUCUGUCAGUAGAGCCCUGGGUCUUGGAGAUCAUAAACCUCAGCCACUGAAGGUGCUGAGAGAACACUGCCAGGCGAGCCUCACCAAGGGAGAACACUCUGAUGCACAAAUACCAACAGAAGUUGCCCCCCUUGGCCCUGAGUUAGUUCAGAAUCUCAAUACACACUGCAACACUCCGGUCCAAAGUCUUACAUCCUCACUCUCCCAAGCCCAUCAUGGGACAUGGUCAUCAGAUCGAGCCAGCUAUGACAGUGAACUAAUCAAAAGCAAUGUCAUGCACUGGCAAGAAAUUUCUGACAGUAUUUCUGGUUGGUGCCUGUGUUUUUCUAUCUUGUCUUUUUUCAUUCUACUGUAACUAAUUAAAUAUUUUACUAUCUGUCACAUGUUAACAUGCUUUGGCAUAGCAUUGGUGGGUGCUAGGGAAGCUUUUGGCAUAGCAUUGGUGGGUGCUAGGUAAGUUUUCAAAAAAAGUAAAACUAAUCAUACCAAAUGUGAGUAAUAUUAUUUUUUACACAAAAUACUUCAUUAAUACAUCAAUGCAUCAUAAAUGCACCAGUAUUUUCUUCAAAUACAAUACAUAAUUGGGGGAGGUGGGGUUCACCAGGAUCGUUGUUGAGAAAUACAGUAAGACAUUAAUGAUCGAGACUUAUUGUGGUUGACACCUUCGUGAUAGUUGACCUAACAGGAUUUUCGAAUCUUAAGGAGACCCUGGUAUAUAGAGUCAAGUAAAUUGGAUUAAAAAAGUAUCAAUAAGUCUUAGGGUAACUGUUUUAUUGGUUAACUGAAGAGAAACAAAAGUAACAGCUGCUUUAUUAAAAACCAACAAAAUAUGCAUGUAUUUCUAGUCACAUGAAGUACUGUACAAGUAAUUAUAUGUGGAAGUAGCCUGUCAUCCAUGUGAUGGAAAUAAUGAGGUCAGAGUUAACCUUGUGACUUGUGAAAAGUUACUGUCAUGCUGGGGCCCAUGAACGUUUUUAUUUUAUUUUAUUUUUUCUCAUGUUUUGUGAGUUCACUUUAAAUCACAUUUUUUUUCCUCAAUAGGCGAAUCAUACCUUCCAACGCUCUGGUUUUUCGACAUCCAGAUUAUUAUUGUCUUACUGUAUUAUAUUAUCCCAAAAACCUUAUGUGUCAUGUAGUUCAUUAAAAAAAAUUUGAUUUGAUUAUCAUGUGAUAUUAAAUGAUGACAGGUAGAAGAUUGUACAUCAAUAAAGAAUCUGGUCACACUCUUAGUGAGGAUCAAUGGACAAAGAUUUCUGCUCAAGAACCAGUGCUGGAUAAAUCUGGUAGGUAUAACCAGUGCUGGAUAAAUCUGGUAGUUAUAACCAGUGCUGGAUAAAUCUGGUAGGUAUAACCAGUGCUGGAUAAAUCUGGUAGGUAUAACCAGUGCUGGAUAAAUCUGGUAGGUAUAACCAGUGCUGGAUAAAUCUGGUAGGUAUAACCAGUGCUGGAUAAAUCUGGUAGGUAAAGAAUAAGUGCUUGAUAAAUCUGGUAAACUUUCAAUUGAACAGCAGAGAAUUUUAUAUCUUCAUAAAGUGGGUUGCUUUCCCACACGGGAAUCUUUCUUUGGGACUUAUUGCACAUUGGUGUUGGGAUCCUUAAUGUGGGUGCAUUUUUAAAUUGUCAUGAGUGGGUACAUUGUUCAACUGUCAUAGGGUGGGUGCAUAGUUCAACUGUGCUACUGAAAUCAAUGCUUGUUUUUUGAAAACUUGAAUUACUUUUGUUUAAUCCCUUCACCUUAUUAUCUUAGUAAAAAGCCCAAAUAUUUUAAAUUUAAAACCUUCAAGGUAAAUGUAUGUUUGCAUUAAUUUCAAUCAAUGCUGUUGAGUCAGGUGUAAAUGAGUUUCAGGUAUAUUUGGCCAGAGUUAACGUCAUUAAAAUUUCAGUAUUACUGUUGAAAAUUGUACUGAUAUCAUUAUUUGGCUUAUUUUGACUGCUGUGGAUAACAGGCUUUGUAUAAUUUUAUAAAUGUGAUUUAGAGAUGCAGAUUCUGAAACCCUGAUUUUGAAUGUCCAUAGCUUGUUUCGGAAAUUAUUUUAUUAGUUCCAUUAUAAAAUUUACCUAAAGAUUUACUACAUUAAAAGUGACCCUAUAAUUAAUACCCGGUAAUAUCAUUGUUAUGAAGCUUAUAAAAUAAAGAAACGACCUUCCUUUUAAACACACCCUGCCAGAUGCUGCUGUACCAGGCACUGUGCCAGAACCAUUGUCGGCCCAGCUCACUGACACCCAGAGACUCUCCCUUCAGGAUAUGGUCAACAGUUAUAAAGAGCAAGAAAACUGUGAGACUCUGUCUAAGUGGAGAGGAGGUGAACGACCUGUCUAUGGUAGGUCACUCUAAUUGUUUGGUGCUGUACUGAAACUUAUCUCCUCUUAAUUAGAUGUACCGUAGUAGACAGAAAAUAAAAUAAUUAUUAGUUAACUGAUGGGAAUGGGGGGGUAGGGGGGGGGGGUUGUUGCAUGAAACUUGUAUGGAGGGGGGGAAUGUUUUUAUGUGUUUGGUGUAUUUCACAUUUGAUAAUAAUAUAAUUUGAUGAUGUUAAAAAAAAUGUUACAUUUCAUAAGAAAAAGAAGUUGGUGCAGAUAUUUCAACAUUAUCUCCUCUUAAUUAGAUGUACCGUAGUAGACAGAAAAUAAAAUAAUUAUUAGUUAACUGAUGGGAAUGGGGGGGUAGGGGGGGGGGGUUGUUGCAUGAAACUUGUAUGGAGUGGAGGAAUGUUUUUAUGUGUUUGGUGUAUUUCACAUUUGAUAAUAAUAUAAUUUGAUGAUGUUAAAAAAAAUGUUACAUUUCAUAAGAAAAAGAAGUUGGUGCAGAUAUUUCAACACUAAUGAGCAAGUGGACGAAUCCUGUUUUCUUAAAUUACAAGCAGGUGAGGUUUUUCAAUUGUAGAAUUAUAAAUGAUGGCCUUCUGUCAUUCAAAAUUGGCUAAAAAUAGAUAUGAAAACAAUGUCAUGUUGCUUUUUGUUUUGCAAAAUUCAUUGUCAUAUUUUUAUAUAAUUCAAACUUAAAUGUGUUUCUGAUUCAUAUCUUAAUCCAGCCGUCAGUGAAUGCAGAGAUUUGUCCCACAGGUCAGACAGCACGUUCUUGUUUCAACUCCCUUUCACCUGUCGAGAUCACUAAACACAUGUUAACUAAUGUCAAGGUAAUUUAACUUUACUUCUCUAUUUCUAUCCAUGAACUUGAUGCUAAUCAUUGAUAAUAUUUAUUUGAAAAAUUAAUUAAAAUAAUGAAAGGGCUAUCAAAAUACUACUUGCCCAAAAAAAUAGUAAGGGUGCAAAAGUAGGGUGGGGAUGUUUGGAUUAAAAGUUUAAUUUUUGCAUAUGUAAUGUAUUGUUGCCCCCCUAAUUAAUAAUCAGUUUUGUUUUUUGUUAAAUUAAUAUUUGUGAUGUGCCGUCUACCUUUUUAUAUUUGUGUUGUGUGACUACCUUUAUUUUAUAUAUGUGUUGUACAGUCUACGGGUACCUUAAUUUGUGAUAUACCAACUUUCUUUAUAUUUGUGAUGUACCAACUACCUUUAUAUUUGUGAUGUGCCGACUAAUUUUAUAUUUGUGAUGUACCGACUACAAAUUAAUUCAACUUUUCUGAACAAAUUUGCCAUAUGGAAUCAAUCAAUUACUCUCCUACUACUGAUCCUCAAUUUCCUUGUAUUUAUUUUCUUAUAUUUUACAUAUUUCCAAAACAGUUUUGUCAGUUACUAUGUUAUUGUUCACAGUAAUAUAAGUUCUAUCCAGAAGAUUACAGGAAGUAAAAGAAUGUAUGUAUCAUUUUGGUUUAGAAAAACCCAAUUUCCGGCAAUAACAUAGCAUUCAUGCAAAUAGCAAAAUGUUUUCUAUUUCUUGUUGUUUCUUCUUUUGUCCCAUCUGCUGAAGAAAACUCUUAUUCCCAACGUUCUCUUUUUAUUGUCCCGUCUUUAUUUUGCAAGCACAUACCUGGAGCCACUAUUUCCUUCACACAACUUGAGCGCACGCAAUCACUUAUUAUCCUGCACAAUUUUACAAAACUUAAAAUAAAAAAUUCAAAUAUUGUAUUCUGAGUGCCACAUUUUUUUAUUUUUCAUUUCUAAUCCAGGUCAUUGGACAAAUAGAUUGUAAAUUCAUCGCAUGUUUGAUUCAGAAGUCACACAUAAGAUCAAAAGGUACUAAACUAUUGAUGUUGACAUGACUUGUCUAAGCAUUCUAAUUAAUACUCAACACUUGCUUUGAAUGGUUGAUUUCUAAUUUUAAAUUAAAGUUAACCAUUUUUCAGAGUCAACUCUGUUAGCAGACAUUUUUAUAUGAUGUUCCUGAACUAAGAAUUCAUUUACCGUUAAAAACUUUUAAAAAUUAAAGAAAAGUCAUAAGCUUUAUAAACAAUGUUAAAGAAAAGCCAUAAGCAUUCCCAAAAACUCUGACUGAGAGAGUAAGAUGAAAUGGUAGGGGACAUAACAUGGGAGAGAAUGUUUACAUUUCAGUUUCUAUUAAUUCAGGUCAAGUUUGAUUGCAGAACUGAAAAUAUUUUUGGCUAAUAGGAAAAUAUUUGAUUUUAUUAUUAAAGAUUGUGCUUGGUUUUUUUUUUGUUGUAAUUUUCAUUCAUCAUAAUGAUUCUCUUAUUUUCUACAUCAUGAACAUUCUCUUAUUUUGUACACCAUUUAGCCACGAAUUGCCACCAGAGUUUGCUGCUAAUUUUGUUUGAUCAACAUGCGGUCCAUGAGAGGAUUCGUCUUGAACAAUUUACUUGUGGUAUAAAAAACUUGUUUGCAUGCAAUAAAGGUUUCAAAUGUAAAAAAAAAUCUAUUCUGCUAGUUAAAAUAAAAUGAACUAUCACUUUAGGCAUUUUUAGAAGAAUUGAGUUUUAGUGCUUGCAUCAUGAUAUGGAAUCCAGCAGCCAAAUACUCCAUUUCCAUGCAUGUAACAAAAUGUGGAGAAACUCAAAAGCUAGUUUCAAUAAAUUUGUAUCGGUAGGCCUAUAAAUUUACAAAUAUUUGUUUCUGAAGUAGGCCUGUACAUAAAAUAUUUAUAUUUGUAUAAAUAAAACAUUUAUAUUUAUCUCUUGUCACCAAAAUAGAAACUUAUGAAGUUUUGGAUGGUGUGAGGAGUGACACAAUAAAAAGAUCAGACCUUAGCCCACCCCAUCCACUUACAAUGGACCUUGAUGACCUGCGGCUUAUGAAAGCUUUUAGCAAAGAGUUCAACAGAAUUGGUCAGUACCUUUGGACUACAAAUUUUCUAUUUAAACUUGAGUUUAUGAAUUAUUUUCCAAAACUGCUUUUUGUCAAUCUGGUAUAAAUUAUUUUUAAAACCUUCAUAUAGUUAUUUGAAUUAUAAAAGUAUUGUACUAAAUAUAUGGGAAUAUUUAUUCAACAUUCAGGUGUCACAUUUGUGAGAGAUAGGACCUGUAGGAAUGUCAUCCAUAUUAGUUCAGCUCCUGUUUGCCUGAUUGACAAAGAUGCUGCUGACAUCAAAAGAAAAGCUCAAAGCCUGCCAGAAAAAAUUGAGGUAACACUGGAAAUUAUUUUUACAUAA